AUGACCACACCUCGUCUCAUCUCUAGGCUCCCCUCUCUCUCCAGACCCAUCUACCAACUCCGCUUCUACUCCGACAAACCGAACAAGCCCAAAAUGCCCCUCAACACCGAAGAGGCCCUCAAGUCGGGCCAGAUGACCCCGGGCACCAUCGCCAAGCAGCUGUCCCAGCUCGACCUCCCCGCCCCUUCCAACCUCCAGCUGAACGACGGACCGAAGAGCGCCAACAGCGUCCGCUCCAACGACUCGGCCGACCUCAGCGAGCGCCUCUCCCACCUCAACCUCCCCGAGCCUGAGGCGCUCAGCCGCGCCAACGCGCACCGCCGCUCCGAGAGCCAGUCGCAGGACCUCGCCGAGAAGCUGUCCAAGAUGCAGCUGCCCCAGCCCGAGCGCAUUUACGGCCCCGACGACACCCAGGCUGGCAGCAAGAAGGGCGUCAGCGCCGAGGACUGGGCCAAGGUCAAGCUCGAGGACGAGGUGCCCGAGGCUGUCCGUAGCCCGACCGACCCCCGCUUCCAGCGCAACGUCCAGAGCCCCCCGCCCAAGGCCGCCGCUGCUGCGUCAUCCUCCACUCCCGCCGCUGCUUCGGGAACUUCCACGCCGAAGUCUGCUACUGCUGCCAAGGAGCAGAAGAUCACGCCGUUCGACGUGCAGGGUGGUGUUGACGCGGACGGAAAGGAGAUCGGAAUUGACUACGACAAGCUCGCCAAGCGCUUCGGUGCCACGCCGAUCUCGCAGGAGCUGCUCGAGCGCUUCGAGCGCGUGACUGGCCACAAGCCGCACCCGCUGAUGCGCCGUGGCACGUUCUACACGCACCGCGACUUUGACAAGAUUCUCGACCUGUACGAGGCGGGCAAGCCGUUCUACCUGUACACUGGCCGCGGACCGUCGUCGGACAGCAUGCACAUGGGACACCUGAUUCCGUUCCUGUUCACGGCGUGGCUGCAGGAGGUGUUCGGAUGCGUGUGUGUGAUCCAGGUGACGGACGACGAGAAGUACCUGCUCGACCGAGACGCGAAGAAGCAGCAGGCGCUCAUCAAGAAGAACCCGCAGGACAAGCGAUCGCCCUACUGGAUCCUCGACAAGUACUUUGAGAUGGGCCAGGCGAACAUUGCCGACAUUAUUGCGUGCGGCUUCGACAAGGAGAAGACGUUCAUCUUCUCCGACCUCGACUACAUCUCCAAGGCGUUCUACCGCAACGUUGUCCUCAUGGCCAAGACGAUGACGGUGACGCAGUCCAAGGGCGUCUUUGGCUUCUCCGACUCUGACAACGUCGGCAUGCUCCACUUUGCGGCCGUGCAGAGCACGCCGUCCUUUGCCAACUCGUUCCCGCACAUCUUCGGCGACCGGACGGACAUCCCCUGCCUGAUCCCCUGUGCGAUCGACCAGGACCCCUACUUCCUCGUCUGCCGUGAUGCGGCCGACAGGCUGAAGUACAAGAAGCCUGCGCUUCUGCACGCCAAGUUCCUCCCCGCGCUCCAGGGCGCCGGCACCAAGAUGUCUGCGUCCAACCCCAACUCGAACAUCACGCUGACCGACGCCCCGAACGUGAUCAAGAACAAGAUCAGGAAGCACGCCUUCUCGGGCGGUGGCGCGACGCAGGAGCUCCACCAGCAGAACGGCGGAAACCCCGACGUUGACAUUGCCUACCUCUACCUGUCGUACUUUGAAGACGACGACGCCAAGAUGCAGCACCUCGCCGACGAGUACCGUGCCGGCCGCCUGUCCACGGUCCAGCUCAAGGACGAGUGCAUCGCCAAGCUCCAGGAGGUCGUGGCUGGAUUCCAGAAGCGCAGGUCUGAGGUCACCCCCGAGCUUGUCAAGUACUACCAGGACGCGACGAGGCAGAUCGACCCGACCCCCAAGCCCCGUAAGGCCUAA